UAUGAAAUAUUGCUUGUCUACUCUUGCUCGGUUUUAUGAUUUAUUGUUUUCAUGGUAGCACUUUAGGCUGCCGUAUGGAAAUCGCACUAUUGGUAUUGACGUCUUUAAGGGUGACUGUCUCAUUCCGAUAAUCGCGAAUUCGAUUCAACUCCGAAAUUUCGACGGACAGAUUUCAACUGGAGAGGAGCCACUAUCUCAGAGAUCACAAGAAUGUCGCUGAGAGCAAAAUUCAAACACCUUACCGGCGCUUAUUCCUCCGCCAUCCGCAACCUCUCCUACCAACUUAACCACCGUGCGUAUCCGCCACCGAGACAGGACCCAUUCUCUCUACUCAAAGAAGACCCUAUCCAAGUCCUAUCAGACCUCUGGGUGAAGUCAUUCUCCGACACACACAAACCCUUUCAAAACCUUACCGGCUUUCUCUCAAAACUCGACCUCUGGGUACUCGCGUACCAGCGGGCCUGCGCUCAUUCCACCGGUUCUUUCCCACCGAAAAAUGCCAUCCCCUCUCACGCCCUCUCCAACCUCCUCUCCCUCAGGAACGCUGUCGUUCGCAAUCAGUUCCAGUGGAACUCCAAGGUUCAUCAAUUCAUUCGCAGCCCAAAUGAUAAACCCAUUGCCCAAUUACUCUCAAAACGGAAGCUCCAGUCCAUGCUGACUUCCAGUACUCCGCCGUUUCAAGACCGGGUUCUUCAGGAAGUUCUAUUGAUGAUUCUCGAACCGAUUUUUGAGGCACGGUUUUCUGCAAAGUCCCAUGGUUUUCGGCCCGGUAGGAAUCCUCACACUGUAAUUAGAACGAUCAGGAGUAACUUUGCCGGCUACUUAUGGUUUAUAAGAGGUGAUUUGAGUGGGAUUUUGGAUAAUAUGGAUUUCAAUACAGUAUUCAGUUGUGUUGAAAAAUCUGUAAAAGACAAGAAAGUGUUGAACUUGGUUAAAUUAGGUUUGAAAGGCGCAGAAAAAAGUCACCUGCGGCUGGAAGAUAAGGAUGAGAAUGUGACUAAAAGGAAAAGAAAGAGGGGGCAGACGAAGAAGAGGAUCCUCAGCGACAAUGAGCCUAAGCCCGAUCCAUAUUGGUUGAGGGCAUUCUUUGAUUUUGCUCCUGAGGAGGCCGCAAAGGUGCCUGAUUAUGGUUACUGUGGAAUUCUGAGUCCUCUGCUGAUGAAUGUCUGUCUUAGUGAAUUAGAUUAUAUGAUGGAAAGUAAGAUACUGGAGUUUUUCAGGCCUUGUGACUCUGAUUCAAUAUGGAAGUAUUCGAUAAAUGAUGGUUGUCAUAACCCUUCUUGGCCAGAGUUUGUGCCCUCAAGUGGCAAGGAGAAGACACGUAAAAUGGAAUAUAUUAGGUUUGCAGGGCAUUUUCUAGUUGGUAUCAGGGGUCCCAGAGAGGAUGCAGUGGCAAUUAGGAAGGAAAUAAUUCAGUUUUGUGAGGAAAAAUAUGGCAUUAGGUUGGACAAUUCGAAGGUUGAGAUUGAGCACAUCACCAGGGGAAUUCAGUUUUUGGAUCAUAUUAUAUGCCGUAGAGUCAUACGCCCGACUCUUCGUUACACUUCAAGUGGUGGUAAGAUUGUGAGUGAGAAAGGUGUGGGGACUUUGCUUUCAGUUACAGCUAGCUUGCAACAGUGUAUUCGCCAGUUCAGGCGGCUUGCACUUCUGAAGGGUGAUAAAGAUCCAGAGCCACUGCCUUGCACGCCUAUGCUCUAUUCGGGUCAAGCACAUACCAAUGCACAGAUGAACAAGUUACUAGAAACCAUGGCAGAUUGGUACAGAUAUGCAGAUAACAGGAAGAAGAUCAUUGGGUUCUGUGCAUAUGUGAUCCGAAGCUCUCUGGCUAAAUUAUAUGCUGCAAGAUAUAGGUUGAAAUCUCGUGCUAAGGUGUAUAAGAUUGCAUCACGUGAUCUUAGCCGUCCACUGAGGGAAAGUAGUAACAAUGCUGCACCUGAGUAUUCUGACCUUUUGAGAAUGGGACUUGUGGAUGUCAUUGAAGGCGUUCAUUUUUCUCACAUGUCCUUAAUCCCGUCAUGUGAUUAUACCCCUUUUCCAAGGAACUGGGUUCCUGAUCAUGAGAAAUUUUUGAGGGAGUAUAUCAGAUUACAAGAUACCAAAUUUUUUUGUGAGCUCAUUAAGUCAGUUAAACAACAAGGUUUGUCUCUGCCGCAAGAUGAGAUAUCAAAGAUUGUGUGGGACUACAAAAUCCUUGGAUAUUGGGGGGGCCGAUUUAAUAAUGAUAAGGAAACAGAAAAUACCUCGUGAUAGGUAUCUUCAAACAGCCAAGUAUUUUGUUUAUUUUCAGAAUACUGGUUAGCUUGGGGUCAGAACCUGGCAAGCAGAAGCACCCUGUAACUCUAAUUCAGUUGAAGUGAGGUUCUUUAGUUUCUACUGGAACUUGUAUAAAUGUGGGUUGCUGUGGAAGAUGCACGCCUUCUGCUUUGUCAAUCUAGUGUACAGUGAUCAAGACAAAGUUUGAUAAAGCAAAUGAGCAUAGUUGAAUCUAUAAUUCCAAGGCUACUUGGUGAAUAUAGAUCAUUCAAAAUAAAUUUUGUAGCUUAGUACAGACGUUUUUUUCCCUCCCCACAUGGAUACAAGUAGAUAAAGGGGAAUUAAUUCUAACUCCCACAUGAGGAGAAAAAGUAAAAGGUCCCGAAAGAAGCUUGGGAUCAGGGCAGUUGUGUCACCAGUACCCUCAGGCUAACUAAGAACACAAAGAGCUAAUGCUUGGUUUAUCUUCAAUUAUUGUAGCCUUGUGUGUGAUUGCUAGGAAUAGUUGCGAAGAGUGAUGCAAUGCAUGAUCCAUCUGGCAUUGGAUUGCUUUGUGGAAGAGCUACCAUGUGGAUUGACCGUGAAUCGGUUGAAACCAAACUCCUGAAUUUCACCCAGAUGCUAAGACCUUUUGGCACUGAGAAUUCCUCUGGGUACUUUUCUGUUUGCGGAUUACUCUGCCAAGUGUUCUCCAACGGGGCAACAUCAAGGGGGACAGAGAGUAACUUUUCAUUAGACAAUCUGGGACAUGUAGCCUACAGUUGCAGUGCUUGGUGAACAGAUAUUGUUAGUAUUUGUUAGGUAGCUGGAUGCACCAUUUUACUCUUUGGGAAAGAUUGAAAAUUGCUCCUGUUCGAUAUGCCGGUAAAGCAUGUCUUUUCUUCCCAUGCG